GAGUUGCGACCACAGAUUGGUUCGUCCAGAAACUUAACGAUCGAACCCACAAAACCCAAAUUCUGAAUUUUCGAGUCUUUUUGGUUGCCACUCAAACUCUAAAACCUGUAAUAAUUCUGGUUUUAGAGGGCUUGAGGAUGGAUAAAUUCAUAUAGUUUUCUGAACUCCUAUAAAAAGAGGAUAGAAUUCGGAUCAGAAAUUCAUUUUCUGAACCGGGUAGAUUUCUCUCAGACAUGGCUGAGCUUUGUCUCAUGGCGUCUUCCAUUUACCCUCCUGGACUGUUUCACCAAGAACAGGGAUUGUGCAGGGUUUCGAAGGAGUUUCAACCUUUUAUACCAAGUCCUGGAACAAGACAUGUCUGCGUUCAUACAAGACCAAUUCAGCCUGAGGAUCCAUGGAAGCCGGCAAGCUGGUUCUCUGAGUCUAACCAAUCUGAAAAGCUUGAUUUAAGUAUUAGGAGGCCUGUGCUUGUUGAUGUGCAAGACAGUCGCCCUCACUCAGUACUCUUUAGCUUUGGGAUUGCUGAACAAUGCACAAGACAUGAAAAGAUAUUGCAGUUCCUCUCAUCUGGGUCAAGCGAAGCAGAGACAGAUGGACUAGAUCUUGCCCUAUUAUCUGAUUUGAUGGGGCUUCAAAUGGCAAUUGACUUGCAAUCACUCCCACAUCGAGUUGGUUCUUCAGAUGGUGAUUUUUGUCUAUAUGAGGUUGGGUCUGAUUCUGUUCAGCCUUUCCUUGUACACCCAAGCAAGGAAUUCCAGAAGCCUCUCUUGGACUUCAUGGGGGAUUUAACCCAUAGUUCAAAAAUUACUGUUAACCCUGAUGGCAAAGUCUUGCUUACAGGCAGCGGAACUGAGAUGAAGGAUUUACUUUCUAUUGUUGCAGAGUUUUACAUGUCAAAGAACUUGACUGAACAGAGGAAACUACCACUGCUUGUACCACACUUUACUAGACUGGAAAGGAGUGAAACAAAGACUAGUAUCCAUGGGUCUCCAUUGAAGCUAGAAACAGUGACGGUUGCUCCUCUAAAGAGCCCUGAGAAAAUCAAGAUGAAGCCAUCACCAAGGAAGAAACAAAGCAAAAAAGCAGGGAAUAAGAGUGAUCUCUACCGGAGAAACCAUUUCCAUGCAUGUGAGAUCCUUCUAUCCCUUGUCCUAAAUAGAAGGCAAGGGAAGAUGGCAAUACUGUCACUGAAGAAAUCUGGCUCUGAACUAGCCGAGCUUCUGACCCAAUUAUCUGCUGGGAUUGCUGGAACUGGUCUUGCUGUUAUCUUCUCUGUUGUCUGUAAAGUUGUUGGAGGGAGAGUGCCCUUCUGUGCAUCGAAGAUAUUGAACACUGGGUUUGGUUUUGCGCUGGUUUGGCUUUCUUGGGCAGUGAACAGACUGAGAGAUACAGUUGUAUAUAUCAGCAAGAACUCACACAAAUUGGGGUUGAAAGAGGAGGGUAUAAUGAAGAGAGUAGACAGGAAUAUGAAUGAAAUUCUCUUCAGGGCUGCAACUUUAAUGACAGUGGCACUGCUAAGACUUGCUUGAGCAAAGAAGGUAGGGGAAUAGUUUGAAGGGAAAUUAGGUCUUUUCAUUCUUUUUCCUGAGCUAUAGUUUGGAAAAUUUGAGUUGCGGUAGAUGACCAAGCUUUGUUUUUCAGGUAUGAUAUACCGCGAGCUGGAAGUAACAUACUAUAAGUAGAAAGAGCUUUGUAACAUACAAUAAAGCUUUGUAUAUGCAAUGAGCUAAUUAUUUUUGCUUACAGCC